AAAGUGCACAUGUGCAAACAGCGCAAGACAGUACAAUAAUUACUAAAACAGGACAAUAGGUACAGUAAAGGACAGUGCUGUGCCAACCAGUACACAGUUCUGGUGUGGAAUAAAGUGCAAAGGUAUUACAAUAUAAUAAUAAAUGCUGUAAAAUGUAAACAUAAUACACUAGUUAGCAGCAACAAAAAAAAAAAAAAAAAAAAUGUAGAUGGUCAAUACAAUAUUUGUUUACAGUGUUUUCACAGCAAUUUAAGAAAGAAAUUAGCAAAAGUCGCAAAGAGAGUGGAAUGGUGUUCAUUUGAGUGUGAAUGUGUGUGUGUGUGUGUGGGCAGGUUUAAGUGGUUUACGAGGACUUUUUUUUAGGUUACAAGGGUAUUAUGCUAUAAAUGUGGUUUAUGUGGACAUUUCUAGUGUCCCCAUAAUUUAAAUCGCUUAAAAAACAUACUAAAAGAGUUUGUGUGAGGAGUGCAUGGGGUCAUACACAAUGCUGGUGGCUUUGCGGAUGCAGCGUGUGGUGUAAAUGUCUGUGAUGGAGGGAAGAGAGAUGAUCUUCUAAUUAGCCAUGCAAUUAGCAAUAUUUUGUGAUAAUGACCCUCUGAAUGUGCAAUAUGCUUUAUUUAUAAACUGGCCUCUUUAUGAUUUAGCUGAAAUUGGCUUACAUCAAUAGGACAUAUUCAGACACAUAAUUUAUCCAAUUUACAAAGAGGUCAAUUAAUGUAAGCACUUGUUUUGGAACAUUAAUUUUAAUGAAAUAUUAAUUGCAACUGUUUUUCAGAGUGAUCUGCCAUAUAAGCAAUUGGUGAACUUGACUGCCUGAGAGCUUUUUAGCAUCUCAGAAAUCAAUAUUAUGAGAUCAAUGGCUCUCUGUUGAAGUGUUUUUCCCUCAGCGAAAUCUGUGUCACACAUACACAGGGUCACAAAAGAACCACAAAAAGGGCCGUACAGACCUCAACACAUUAAGCUGUGCGGCUCAAUAGAAGUUUCAAAUAACAUUUUGAGAGCAUACAAAUGGAGAUAUUGCAAAAUGACCAACUUCACUGAUGAAGACCUGGACCACUAUUUACAAAAUCAGGUGGAUCUCAGACAUCGACUGGUUUCAAAGUCUGUAGAAGAAGUGCAGAAAAUCAUAAAAGAUCUUACAGCUGAGGUCAGCUCAAAGGAUGCUCGUUUCCAGUCCAUUGCAAACUCUGGAGUUCACAAUACCAGACUCAAAGAUCAGCCAGCAUUAGUGUCAAAAUGGGCUGCGUUACUCCAGGGAAAAUGUGCAUUCAACCCAGCCAUCCAAGUAAGAAAAAUUCAUAUAAACAGUGCUCUGUUCCUGAUCUCUGUGCCUCUGCGGGGCCUGAUGGGCUUUAAGGAGAGGCGAACACGACAGUGGCGGUACUACAUGCUGAGUGGCUCUUGUCUCCUCUCGCCUGUCCGUGAGCCAGAGAAGCUCCACCAGUGGCUUGAACUGGAGAGUUUCAUCAACACAAGUCAGGAGUGGCAUGAUGCCAGCAUGACUAUAGAGGGUGAUAUUGUGCCAGCCAAGGUGGUGAAUGUUUUCAAGGAGCAUCUGGAGACAUCCAUAAAGACCUGUGGACUAACAAAUAAGGUAAGCGUGAUGGAGUCGGUUGGGUCAGUGGUGCGUGUUACUGUGGAAACAUCAGAGGCACAGAUUGAGGCGGAUCUGGUUCCCACAGUGGAGCUAAUGAACUGCUGGCCAAAGAGAGCUCGGUGGCCCCGCCUCUUUCGGAGAUGGCCCUCUAUAGAGCGUGCGCACUGCAUUAAGCCUUUUGGAUACAAUCUAAUGGCCACAUCAAACUACCACUGGUUGCUGUCAUUCUCACGGGCAGAGCAGGUCCUGUUGAGUAACAUAGAUGAGGAUGGCGGUUGCCGCAGGAAGUGUUACCGUGUGGUCAGACAGCUCAAUGAAGACGCCUGGUGUCCUGGAAGCAAACCUGUCAUCACUGCAUUCCAUCUACAGACACUGCUGUUUUGGACCUGUGAGAAGUACCCCUGCACCAGGGACUGGAGAGACUUCAGGGGAUGUGUAUUACGACUGGUGCAGAAGCUGUAUAAGUGUGUUAGCCAGCACUAUCUCCGGCAUUACUUCAUACGGUCUCACAACCUUCUGAAGUACAGCAACACCAAUGAGCUAGAUAACGUGGCAAAGAAGAUCAUCAAUUUCCUGGACAACCCAGGAACAUAUGUUCAUUAGAAGCGUCCUCCGAUUGUUAGGUGGUAUAAGAUCUGUGUUAGCUGUGCUCUAUUUGUAUGACUGCAUCAUAUUGAUGCAUAUUGAUCAUGGUAAUAGGCUGUGGUUGACUCAAGUAAUGUACAGUAUGUCUUUUCUCCAUAUUACUCAUUAAUGACAUGAUGAAUAAUGUAGAACUUAUUAAUAAAUCAU